AAACAGAAACACCCGAAGCGUCACGGACCGGUGCAGCAGUGUGUUUCCAUCACGAAGAGAGAUAGAGAGAGGGAGAGAGAGAGAGAGACAUCCCCUCCUUUUCCACCCAGCAUCUUCACCGACCAACAGCCAACUCGAGUGGGAACACACAACUACACUCAGGCUGUUCUCCGGUGUCCACAGUUCCCCCUCUUCCUCCUCCUCCUCCUCAACAUGUCCGUGGGCAGUGACUUUGGGAACCCUUUAAGAAAAUUCAAACUCGUCUUUCUGGGGGAGCAAAGUGUUGGAAAGACGUCUCUGAUCACACGGUUCAUGUAUGACAGCUUUGACAACACGUAUCAGGCCACAAUUGGGAUUGACUUCCUGUCGAAAACCAUGUACCUGGAAGAUCGAACGGUGAGGUUGCAGCUCUGGGACACAGCAGGACAGGAGCGCUUCAGGAGCCUCAUCCCCAGUUAUAUACGCGACUCUACUGUGGCCGUGGUGGUCUAUGACAUUACAAAUGUGAACUCAUUCCAGCAGACGUCCAAAUGGAUCGAGGAUGUGAGAACAGAGAGAGGAAGUGAUGUCAUCAUCAUGCUUGUCGGCAAUAAAACAGACCUGGCAGAUAAAAGGCAAAUCACAAUUGAAGAGGGUGAACAGAGGGCUAAAGAGCUGAGCGUCAUGUUCAUAGAGACCAGCGCUAAGACGGGUUACAACGUCAAACAGCUGUUUCGUCGUGUGGCAGCUGCUCUUCCGGGAAUGGAAAGUAUGCAAGAAACAAGCAAAGAAGGGAUGAUCGACAUCAAGCUGGACAAACCACAGGAGCCGCAGACGACCGAAGGCGGCUGUUCCUGUUAAUACUGUCCUGGAGCGAAAUCAUCAUUUACACCACCUGCUUGUUCUGUUGCUUCCUAUUGGUUAACCUGCAGUUGACUUUGCACGUUGAGAAUCUGGCCUCCUCACCUGACUGACUACUGGUCAUCUGUUGGAACUAGCAAUAUGUGAAUUUGCUUCUAAAGUAGUGUAGCCUACUUUGUUAAUGAAACUGCCAAAAAGUCUGACAACUUGCAAAAAAAAAAAAAGGAAGGAAAAAGAUGUUUCAAAAAAGAUUCCCAAGUUGAGAAUGUGGAUACAAUUUUUUAAGUAGAAAAGGAAGUUUGUUUCCCCAGUUUCUGUUUUGUAUAUUUUUGUAUAUUCAGGGAAAUCUCUCUGGAAAGGUUGUUUUUUUAAAAGAUGCAGAACACAGAGCUCUGUAUUCAGAGCCUGAUGACAGCAGGUGGAUUCACAUGUAUUUGUAUGGAUCCCACUCUUGUCACAGGAAACACUGAGGCCCCUCCAACAUCACUAGCAAACUGUAACUGUUUCCUAACCCUAACAUAGCCUGUCAUGACUUUACACACACUCAUGUCAAUGCCCACCACCUCAACAUGUUUAUGUUAAACCCAGAUUUUCAUUGUGGGGGGCCUCCUGUCAACGUGGGAUCCAUAAGUUUGCGUUCUAGACAUCACAGGAAAAAGUGAACCGUAACAUCUUGAGUAUCUAAUGCAUGCCUAGUUUUUCCAGCAUAGGUACUGUCUACCAAUGUCCACAAAUAUGUAAAUGGUAACGUUACACCAGUGACUUCAUGCACUCUGAUAAUGACUAGUCCAAGUCUUUUCGUUUCUGGAAACCGUUGAACUGGAUUUGUAUACUUGACUUCAGAAUAUCUUUUUGUCGUGCGUGCGUGUAAAUGUGAGCUUUCUGUAAAGGCAACCUUAGAAUGCAGCUGUAUAGAGAGCCACUGCCAAGUCGUGUCAUUAUCGCCACAUCACGGCACCUUUAGGCCACCAUUAGUCUGCAGGACGUUGAAGGCUUUGUUCAGACUGUGGGCGCGAAUCCAAGUUUGGACACACAAAGUGGAAGUGAUGUCUGCAUUACGACACAGACAUGAGAUUACAGAGUUACAGAGAUGCAUCGUGGUGCCAAACCACUGCAUGCAAACUGAACUGUGGGAGAAUACACAUUCAUUCAUUGACUGUCUUUAGAAAGCAGCUCAUUCCCUGCACGGAUCCUCAGUACGGUGUCUCUGGGGAUGUGAUGAGAGGGAUAGACAGAAUUCAAGAAAUCAAGCACUGCUCAUAUCAAAACAUCAAAUGAAACAGAUGCACAGGCAGCUUUAUUAACACCUGUGUUUGCAUCUAGGAACUUGCAAAGCUGGACAAAUGUAGAUUGUGCUUAAUUCAUCCUGCAGAGGGUGACUGCGUCUAUUAAAAAUGCAAACUGCAGCUCUCCUUUGAGAACAGCUCAGGGCCCACUGUGUAGAAAUGGUGUGGAAAUAAAAUACCAUUACUUUAAAUGGCAAACUAUAUUUAAAAACAGCCUUCACAUUGCAACCAAUGAAGGUCUGCAUCAAGGCUUCGGUCAGCAGAAAUAGUGUUUGAAGCAUCAUCUGAGAUCAACGAAAAGCUCUGUUUUCAGCAGAUGUCUGAAAUGCAUUUUAGUUGUAGAGGUCAACAUUGUUGAACUGAGCAUUGUUUGUCUUUGGCGUCUCGGCUCCAGCCACAUCACUCCUCUCAGUUUUAUUUUCUCAUGCAGAAGUGAAGGAGUGAGAGAUGAUACCUUAAACCUCCUGUAGUCAAAGCCUGCAGGAGGAUGCUGGGGAGGCUGAGGGGCUGAGAGAUGAAGUGCAGCACUGGUGCAGGGCGGCUGGGGCAAUGACAGAACAGAGGGAAUGAUUUGACACCUUGCAGCUUAAACAAGCCGCCAAAUUGGGGGAUAUAUUGUGUCAUGAGAUGAUGAGAAUGAUGAACUUGCUAACAGGCACUGUUUCAUUUAUAAAGUUCAUGUUUACACUCUAAGCAGUUUGUCAGGGUAACUGAAACUAAUUAGGAUCCACUUCUUAAACAGCAGCAGCAACAGUUUCCCUUCUCCUUCAAUCAAAACAUCCACCUGAGAAAAACAGUGGAGCAUUAUUCAUUUUUUGUAGAUAAAAUACCUUCAUAGGAAGCUGGUAGAAAUUAUCAAACCUCUUCCACCAAUGCUCACAAGUGGCAGGAUGGACAUGAGUUCAUAAGAAUUGGUUACAUGCACCAUCAUCAGUGUGUAUUGUCACUGAUGCAUACAGUGUGUCAUUACCAAAUGAACUCGUGAAGUCUGUCUCCAAAAAUUGGAUCCAGUCCCUCUGGAACAAUGAGGAUCAGUCUAUAAGAUCUGGUCUGAGAAUCCAACCUGCCGUCCGAACAAAGCCUUCGACUCCACACUCACAACGAUAUGACAUCAGCUGUUUUAUUGUGUGAUAUCUUGUAGUUGUGAUCAUGGUAGUCUGCACAUUCGCUGUCAGUGAGCAGUGGAGAACCAUAACUCUUGCCUUGUUGUCACAGAGGAACCUAACGUUCUGUGUGUGGUGAUCUGUAGACUUUAACGCAGGUUCUGUGAUCAAACAGACCUCUGACAUUGUAAAUCAGUGCUUUGUUUCAUUCUUACAGAAGACUAAUUUGCACAUGUAGACCUUUCAGGUGAAUAUGAAGUAAUGAAACGCUUCAUUGCAUAUGUACAGUCACUUGAUUGUCAUAGAAAGUGUCACGUAACGUGUCCCCACUGAAUGAGCUAUUCUUUGCUGCUUGUGUUUAAACUGACUACUGAUGUUGGCGUUAUGCAAUGUUCUUUAAUUUAAUUUUGUAUUAUUUUAGAGCCAGGUAUCAUAACGUUCUGAUGGUGAAGAGUAGAGAACACUACUUUGUCUUCGAAGUGAAACCUUACUGCACUUUUUAAGAACAUGUUUUAGAGUUAGAGUGAAAAUGUCAACUUAAAAAAAAAGGUGGGAAAAAAAACAAGAAAAGAAAAUAUUCAUCUCCAGAACAUCUGAGGUACUGUUGUCUUAGCGUAGACUGAUGUUUAUGAACUGUUUAAACCAUUGACUGUAUAUAAAGGUGGAUGACAUCACCCUUCUUUCUCUUGAAUAAAAGUGACGCCAAAACCCCCCUUCAACAAACCUUGACAUCUUACACCUUUGGAGGGAUGUAGAGAUUGAGCUACUGUAGCUGCGAUGAGAGGAAAGCGGAUUUGCUGUGCAGUUUAGUUUUAAAGUUCGACCCAUGCCCCAUCUGUUAACAUGAAGGAGACAGGCUUUAUGACCUAUACUGCAGCCAGCCAGUAGGUGGAGCUCUAAAUGUUCUGCUUCACUUGGGGAACUGUCAUCCAUCUGUUUUCUACAGUCUUUGGUUCACACGUGUCCUAAAAGGGGAGCACUCUUGUUGAAACUAGUGGUGAGUCUCUUUAACCCACAUAAUGAGCCAAAUAAUCAUGAUACUAAGAGUUGGAGCAGGUAACACAGGAGCUUAGACUGGAGCACAGUUAGCAGUGGGUUUGGGAUUUAUAAGAGUGAUAGUCAGGGAAGUUAAAAUCCCUCAAAACGAUAAAAAGUACUAAUGUUUGAACUCUUUGUUUGCUGCUUAUUUAUUAUCUCAAACAGGAAUGUACGACUCUCCGUUUGGACCACUCCGCCUCACAGGAGAGACUUUUAAGAGAUGGGUUUGAUGAACCAGUAACUGAAGGUGUCCCUCUGUAUUAAUGCUCCUUACAUUUCAAAUUAGAGUAACUCAUUUUAACAUUCCCUGUAAAUGGACCAAGCGAUGCAACAAAUGUCUGCAUGUGAAGGGUCUGCAUUAGAGGAUGGGAGGGGGGGGGGCGGGUGUGUGUUCUGUCACAGCUCUGUGCAGCAGACCUGAUCAGUCCAGAGCUGGCUCUCCAUUCACACUGUACAGAGAUCUAGCAUGUCUCUCCAAAUGAUUAAUAAAGAUGUCUUAUUACCAAAGUCA